AUGGGUUUUGAGUUUCUUGAUGAUUCGAGACAGAAAAAGAAAGAUGCUGAAUUGAAUGAGUUGUUCAAGAAUAUGGUUGUGGAAUCAAAGAAAAAUGAAUUUAGUAAUCAGAAUAAGCCAACAGAUAUUCUAAUAGAAUGGUUCAUCUCAGGCGCCAUUUGGGUCUUACCAUUGUGUGCAAGUAUUUUCUGGAUGCGGUGGAAAAGAAACAGUAUGGUUGGUUCUGGGAUGGUGCCAAAGACACGCACUUCCUCCGCGAUAUAUCCUUCAAUCGAAAACGAGAACGACCGUAUGAGUGGUUGGGAGCUGUUUCUGUCGAAUGCAAGCUUGUUUGUGGAUGACACGCUGAGGCUUUUGAAGAAUACCGGAGAGAAAAAUAAGAAGAAUAAGAGACUGAACAGAAGGCAAAGAACAAAGAAACUGAGGCAGGGACAAGCAAGAGUAGUGGUGAUGCUGAACAGAGUUCGAAAGAAGUCGAUGAUGAUGAUUUGGACAUGGAUCGAGCUUGAUGAAUUGGAAGCAAGCUUGUCGAGAACAUCGAAACAAUGA